GAGCAGGAGGACUGCACCGGGCUGCCUCAGGACGCCAACACACUCCCUCCUCACUCUACUAAUUAGGGAAAGCAGGGGAGAGAGUCUAACUUCACACACUGCUGCUUCGUCCCCCUGCAGUGUAGCCCCAGGGUUUAAACCACACCUUUUUACCUAGCCACAGUUUAGAGAAAAGUACAUUUGGGAGCUAAAAUGGAGGAGACGUACCUGCUGAACUACCCAGGAGUCAAGAAGAAGAUUCUGGCCGGUGGGAAUGGCCCAAUGCCUCACUUUCCACCGGGGACCAAGCUGGUGUUCCACUUCCAGACGCUGUUGGACAACUUUGAGCGCACGGUGAUUGACGACAGUCGUAAAGCCAAAGCCAAAGUGCCAAUGGAGAUCUUUGUGGGGAAGAUGUUCAAGAUGGAGGUGUGGGAGACUCUGCUGACCUCCAUGAGGAUCGGAGAGGUGGCUGAGUUCUGGUGCGAUGCUGUUCACACAGGCUUGUACCCUAUCGUGUCCAAGGGGAUGAGGCUGAUUGCCCAGGGCAAGGACCCCCUAGAGGGCCAGAGGCACACGUGUGGCAUGGGGAACAUGUUCCACUACAACACUACUGGCUGGCCUGAGCUGGAUGAACUGAUGAGGACACCUCAGGCACUGAUCUUCAUCAUGGAGCUCAUUCAGGUGGGAGACCCCUUCUCGUACAAGCGGGAGUCGUGGAUAAUGGACAAGGAUGAGAAGAUGAAGGAAGUGCCCUCGCUCCACCUGCAGGGCAAUGCGCUGGUCAGACAGGGACACUUCAGAGAGGCUGCCAAGAAGUACCAGGAAGCUGUGGUGCUACUCCGGAUUGUACUGUCCAAGGAGAUGCCAGGUGAUGAGGACUACAUAGCCGUGGACAGGCUCAUCACCCCCCUAGUGUUGAACUACUGUCAGUGCAUGUUGGAGCUGGAGGAGUACUAUGAGGUUCUGGAGCAUACCAGUGACCUGAUACACAAACACAAAGACUGUGUCAAGGCGUACUACAAGAGGGCCAAGGCCCAUGCUGCAGUGUGGAACGAGAAGGAGGCCAAGAGAGACUUCAACAUGGUGGCCAACCUGGACAUAACUCUGGCCCCUCUGGUGCACAAAGAGCUGAGGUUCCUCGCUGAUAGACUGAAGGAGAAAUACUGGGAGGAGAAGGAGAAAUACUGGAACUGCCUGGAGCAAGAGGAGAAAGAGGGGAAGAAAGAGGAAGAUGAGGAGAAGGAAGAUGAAGAGGGCAAGAAAGAGACGGAUGGUGAGAGCACAGUGACCAAGGUGAAAGAUAAGGAGAAAAGCAAAGAUAACUCAGCCUCUUCCAAAGAGGAAGUGAAAGAUGUCAAGGAUGACAAGCAGAAUGAGACAGGGUGGAAAAAGGCUAUAGAGAAGGAUGGAACAACCAUUACUGCUACAGUGAAGGAUAAGGCUAAAGUGAAGGAUAGAACUGCCAAUCAGGCUACAAUGAAGGAUGAAACCGCCAAUAAGAGGACAGAGAGCACCCCGGAAACCCAGCCAGAGACCAAUCAGAGUGCUCUGUCUGUGAUAGAGGGGAUGGACUGGCAGCAGAAGUUACGACACAUCAUGUUCCUGGAAAAGGAGGGUAACUUCCUGCUUACAGAACAGAAACACAGCGAGGCCACAACAAAGUUCAAGGAGGCUCUGGAGUACGUGGACUUCAUUCAAAACAAGGAGGUGUGCUAUAAAGACAGGAGGGAGGACUGGGACUCUCUGGAGAAGGUGCGUGUGCCGAUCACUCUCAACCUCAGCCAGUGUCUGCUGGAGCUCAGGGACUACCAGGAAGUGGUGGCGCUCAACACCAAGCUGCUCAAGAAACACAGAGAUAACUUCAAGGCAGUGUACCAGCGGGCCAGAGCCCACUCGGCUCUGUGCAACGAGGAGGAGGCCAGGAAUGACUUCCAGAAGGUGGAGCAUCUGGAGCCCAGGUUCAAGCCCAUCGUCAAUCAGGAGAUGAAGAGGCUGGGCGAGAACCUCCGGAACAAGCACAUCAUCGACAAGAAGAACUACUGGGAAGCUACAGAGGAAAAAUGGGGCCUCGAGGGCACCAAGACCAAAGCCAGGAAAGUAAAGAAGACAGUGAAGUUUCAAGAGGAGAAAAAAGUAGAGGGGAGCGUUCAGAAAGAAGGGGAACCAGGGAAGACUGUAAAAGAGGGAGGUAGUGAUGGAGUGAGAGAGGAGAAGAAACCAGAGGGAAAAGGAGAGGAGGGGAGUGCGAAGAGUGUGGAGAAAGCAGCCAUUGCUGAGAAAGAGGGAGGUAGUGGGGGAGUGGAGAAGGAUAGUGGGAAAAGAAGAGUGAGUAUAGAGGUAGAGAGAGGUGGGCAGGCGGGGUUAGUUAACAGAGCAGGAGAUAAAGAGACCGAUAUGGCACAGACCAAUGAAGGCAGAGAUAAUGUAGCCACAGAGAGAUCAGGGAAGGAUAAGGCUGUGAAAAAGGGAAAAUGUCACUUAACUGCCGCCCAGGAAUUAACCAAGGGAAGCACAGGGAACAAAGGCACCAAUGAGAGUACAAGAAGCAAAGCCAUUCAAUCUGAAUCGACCAAUAGGAGUCCAUUAGCCACUGCUGACCUCCCUAACCCACAGGCCACAGAGGUACUCUCAGAGGUAGCUGAGGAGAGAGUCGGGUUAGACACGCAGAUCAACAGACCUAACAAAGGAGAGGCAGGGGAAAGCAAAAUGAAUGAAGGGAGUAAAUCAGAGGGAAAGAGUUCUGACGAACAGCUGUGUUCAUCGGAGGGGGCGAGCCACACCAAAUCUGGGGUCUCAACUGGACACCCGUCGUUCAAGUCCAAGCGUAAACACAAGAAAAAGAAAUGAAGGAUGCUCUGGCAUUGAUAUGAUCGUUAAGUAUCAUGUGAUGAUUCUCAUAAUUCAAUUCAGGAUCAUCGCUUGAGGCAUACACCCAACACAAGCAGACGUUCUGUGUAGCAAAUACAAAUUUUAUUUAUCCUUUUGUACACAAAGAGUAGAAAGCAGCCAGUAACCCACUCGUUAUUAAAAAGGCAUUUCUUUCACAAACGUUUUAUACAGAUUAAAAACCGACCGGGAGGACAGCAAUAGGGAGGAACGUUAGUACAGUACAUAAACAAUGAAAUAAAUGGCAUUGACACAUUAGUCAAACAAAUCAUCACGUAAUGAGGCGUGGUAAUGUUAGUUUUAAAAAAAUGACUUCAGAUCGAAAUUAAAAUAGAGAUGAUGAGCUUUUUUUUUUUCGGCAGCGAGGCAUCUGCCUGUGUCGUAGCAUAGGCUAGUGUAUGUUGUCAUAGCUCUGAUUCCCGUAAGAGUUCAGGUGAUUCAUGGCCCUGCCGUGUUACAGAGCGCCAAACAACCCUCGCUGUGUCUCGUAAACAAUGCCAGAGUGCACAGAACUCAAACAUGGAAGGUCUCGCAGCAUGUUGGGAUAAAUGAGCGUGCUCGUUAACGGGUUGACCCCACCAUAUAUAGCAGGGGGCACCACCCGUUGACCAUGUUCUCUAAACUCUCUCUGCCUCGCUCUGUCUCCAGAGACGAGCGUUUCUCUUCAAUCCAACUGAAGAUGGUGGUACUAGUUCCCCAGCGUGCGGUCGCGCUACGGGGAGUUACUGGUUCUAUUUUAUUUUAGAACAUUAGAUGCCUCAGAUGGAUAAUCAUAUGACUACAGAGAGACGUGGUGUGGGCAGUAUAAUUCAUUGUUAACACUCCCUCAGAGAAAAAACGCUUUUGGUGGGUUAGUCUUCAGGGGGCCACUACAAAGACAGUAGUGGCUUCUGGGAGUUUGAGUAAGUGGGGCACAGUGAAGAGCUACAGCUCUGCUGCAUUACAAACAGACCAUGUGAAUAUAUAGUGGCAAGAAAAAGUAUGUGAACCCUUUUGGAAAUACCUGGAUUUCUGCAUAAAUUGAUCACAAAAUUUGAUCUGAUCUUCAUCUAGGUCACAACAAUAGACAACUGAACACUGAACACAUCGUGUAAACAUUCACAGUGCAGGGUGGGAAACGUAUGUGAAUCCUUCGCUUUAAUAACUGGUUGACCCUCCUUUGGCAGCAAUAACCUCAACAUAAACGUUUUCUAUAGUUGCGGAUUAGACAUGCACAACAGUCAGUAAGAAUUUUGGACCAUUCCUCUUUACAAAACUGCAGAAGUUCAGCAAUAUUCUUGUGAUGUUUGGUGUGAACUGCUCUCUUGAGGUCAUGCCACAGCGUCUCAAUCGGGUUGAGGUCAGGACUCUGACUGGGCCACUCCAGAAGGCGUAUUUUCUUCUGUUGAAGCUUUUCUGUUGGUUUACUUCUGUGUUUUGGGUCGUUGUCCCGUUGCAUCACCCAACUUCUAUUGAGCUUAAAUCGGAGGACAGAUAGCCUAACAUUCCCCUGCAAAUUGUCUUGAUAAACGUUGGAAUUCAUUUUUCUGUCUGACAGUAAGCUGUCAAGGUCCCGAGGCAGCAAAGCAGCCCCACACCAUGAUGCUCCCUCCAACAUACUCUUCAGUGGGGAUGAGGUUUUGAUGUUGGUGUGCUGUGCCUUUUUUUCUCCACAUAUAGUGUUGUGUGUCCAUUCCUAACAACUCAACUGUAGUUUCAUCUGUCCACAGAAUAUUUUGCCAGUAGUGCUGUGGAACAUCCAGGUGCACUUUUGCAAACUUCAGACGUGCAGCAGUGUUUUUAAAAAAAGCAGUGGCUUCUUCCGUGGUGUCCUCCCAUGAGCACCUUUCUUGUUUAGUUAACCCACUGUACCUAGGGCGUCAUUGUAAAAUAAGAAUUUGUUCUUAACUGACUAGUUAAAUCAAAUAAAACGUUUUCUAUUGUUGCGACUUAGAUGAAGAUCAGAUCAAAUUUGAUGACCAAUUUAUGUGGAAAUCCAGGUAAUUCCAAAGGGUUCACAUACUUUUUCCUGCCGCUGUAUAUACAGUUGAAGUCGGGAGUUUAAAUACACCUUAGCCAAAUGGAUUUAAACUCAGUUUUUCACAAUUCCUGACAUUUAAUCCUAGUAAAAAUUCCCUGUCUUAGGUCAGUUAGGAUCACCACUUUAUUUUAAGAAUGUGAAAUGUCAGAAUAAUAGUAGUGAGUGAUUUUAUUUCAGCUUUUAUUUAUUUCGUCACAUUCCCAGUGGGUCAGAAGUUUACAUACACUCAAUUAGUAUUUGGUAGCAUUGCCUUUAAAUUGUUUAACUUGGGUCAAAUGUUUCAGGUAGCUUCCCACAAUAAGUUGGGUGAAUUUUGGCCCAUUCCUCCUGACAGAGCUGGUGUAACUGAGUCAGGUUUGUAGGCCUCCUUGCUCGCACAUGCUUUUCAGUUCUGCCCACAAAUUAUCUAUAGGAUUGAGUUUAGGGCUUUGUGAUGGCCACUCCAAUACCUUGACUUUGUUGUCCUUAAGCCAUUUUGCCACAACUCUGGAAGUAUGCUUGGGGUCAUUGUCCAUUUGGAAGACCCAUUUGCGACCAAGCUUUAACUUCUUGACUGAUGUCUUGAGAUGUUGCUUCAAUAUAUCCACAUAAUUUUCCUACCUCAUGAAUGCUAUCUAUUUUGUAAAGUGCACCAGUCCUUCCUGCAGCAAAGCACCCCCACAACAUGAUGCUGCCACCCCGUGUUUCACAGUUGGGAUGGUGUUCUUGGUGUUUGACUGUGGAUAUAGAUACUUUUGUACCUGUUUCCUCAAGCAUGUUCACAAGGUACUUUGCUGUUGUUCUGGGAUUGAUUUGCACUUUUCGCACCAGACUGAGUUCUUUUGAUUAUCCCACGAUGUCAAGCCAAGAGGCACUGAGUUUGAAGGUAGGCCUUAAAAUACAUCCACAGGUACACCUCCAAUUGACUCAAAUGAUGUCAAUUAGCCUAUCAGAAACUUCUUAGGCCAUGACAUUAUUUUCUGGAAUUUUCCAAUCUGGUUAAACUUAGUCAACUUAGUCUAUGUAAACUUCUGACUGACUGAAAUUGUGAUACAGUGAAUUAUAAGUGAAAUAAUCUGUCUGUAAAAAACUUCUGGAAAAAUUACUUGUGUCAUGCACAAAGUAGAUGUCUUAACCGACUUGUGGAGACAUUUGUGGAGUGGUUGAAAAACUAGUUUUAAUGACUCCAACCUAAGUGUAGGUAAACUGCCGACUUCAACUGUAGUUCUGUCUGACGAACUGCAUGCCACAGUGGCGUAAACAUUCAUUCCACCUUGCCUCUCAUACCUCACUAUCGUCCAAAAUACACAAAACAUUUCUAUAGGUCUACAGGACCUAUGGGUAGUUCCUUUUGGUUUCUCGGCCUAACCUCUUCUCCCAGCUAUAGUUCAAUAGAUGCAUUAUUUCACACACAGAGAGAGAUGCGAUGUGGCCGCUCCUACAUAUAGUCAUAGCCUCGAGUACUCUAUGUUCAGGGUGGCUCAUCAAGGUGUAAUGAGAUGUAUAACAUUAAAGAGUUAACAUUU